UAGAAGAAGUAUUCAGGAGUGUAACCUGAUGGUUUCUGUGUUUUUCCCUAAAAAAUAAAAGCUGCAGAUACUCGUCGACACCGGGAGCAGCAACUUCGCGGUGGCGGGAGCCCCGCACUCCUACAUCGACUCGUACUUUGACGCGGAGAGGUCCAGCACCUACCGCCCCAAGGGCUUCGACGUCACUGUGAAGUACACACAAGGGAGCUGGACUGGCUUCGUCGGGGAGGACGUUGUCACCAUCCCCAAAGGCUUCAAUAGUUCCUUUCUUGUCAACAUUGCCACAAUCUUCGAGUCAGAAAACUUCUUCUUGCCUGGGAUUAAAUGGAAUGGGAUACUGGGACUGGCUUACGCUACCCUGGCCAAGCCGUCAAGUUCUCUGGAGACGUUCUUUGAUUCCCUCGUGGCACAAGCAAAAAUCCCCAACGUUUUCUCCAUGCAGAUGUGCGGGGCCGGGUUGCCGGUAGCCGGAUCUGGUACCAACGGAGGUAGUCUUGUCCUGGGUGGAAUUGAACCAACUUUGUACAAGGGAGACAUCUGGUAUACCCCUAUUAAGGAGGAGUGGUAUUAUCAGAUAGAAAUCCUGAAAUUGGAAAUCGGAGGCCAGAGCCUCAAUCUGGACUGCAGAGAGUAUAACGCGGACAAGGCCAUCGUGGACAGCGGCACCACACUGCUGCGCCUGCCCCAGAAAGUGUUCGAUGCCGUGGUGGACGCUGUGGCCCGCACAUCUCUGAUUCCAGAAUUCUCUGAUGGUUUCUGGACUGGGUCCCAGCUGGCAUGCUGGGCAAAUUCUGAAACACCUUGGUCUUACUUCCCCAAAAUCUCCAUCUACCUGAGAGAUGAGAACUCCAGCAGAUCCUUCCGUCUAACUAUCCUGCCUCAGCUUUACAUCCAGCCCAUGAUGGGGGCUGGCCUGAAUUACGAAUGUUACCGGUUCGGCAUCUCGCCGUCCACGAACGCGCUGGUGAUCGGUGCUACCGUGAUGGAGGGCUUCUACGUGGUCUUUGACAGAGCUCGGAAGCGGGUGGGCUUCGCAGCCAGCCCCUGUGCAGAAAUCGCAGGUGCUCCGGUGUCUGAAAUUUCUGGGCCUUUCUCAACAGACGACAUAGCCAGCAACUGCGUCCCCGCCCUGCCUUUGAAUGAGCCCGUUCUGUGGAUUGUCUCCUAUGCUCUGAUGAGCGUGUGUGGAGUCAUCCUUCUUACCUUAAUCGUCCUGCUGCUACUUCCGCUGCGGUGUCAGCAUCUCCCCCGCGACCCCGAGGUUGUCAACGACGAGUCCUCUCUGGUCCGGCAUCGCUGGAAAUGAAGAGCAGGGCUGAACUCACGCGACCUUGAACUCAACUAUGGAGACAAUUAAAUUCAGGUGCAGCAGGCAGGGGUUAUAAGGCAGGGUUUCUUCCUGUGUCCAUUAGUCUUAAAUCUCUUCUGCUCUCAGAUGCCUUCCAGGUUCACUGUAUUUUGAUCCUUGAUUUUAAAGUUUCCUCUUUUCUCCCCUACUUCCAAGGAAAAUGACAAUAAAAGACACCUCAUUCUUAAUCAAAACAGAGUGAAUUGAGCUUCAGGCUUUCUGUAGCUGGCUAUGCCAAACUAUCUAGGUGUGCCACCAAAAACCCAACCGAACAAAAAUCCCCACAAGCCUUGGCUGGUUCUCUUCUCCUUCCCACCUCUGGGGAAAAAACAAGAGCAUGUAGUUUAUAACUCCUCUUAACUAAUGGGAAGCUUUUUGUAUUAAUUGCAUUUAAGGGUGUUUUGUGCCAGGCCUCGACCUGGGUCAGGACGGUACAAGAAGGCUCCCAGUAAGAUGGCAGGAGAAGGCUGGGGCUGGGUGAUCUCACCAUCCUGCCCCCUUCUGAGUCAGAAAAAAAGUGGCAGGCCCCCCUUCUGGGUGUGCCUGCGCCCUCAACAGGAGCUGGAGUCCACUAGGAAGAGAGAAUCACUCACGUCUUCACCAGCCUCUUCUGAAGAUGGAAAGCCUUUGAGUGGGGAGGAGACCUUCUCCUGUGUAGUCAGUACUUCCAUAGUAUUGUGGGUAUGAAAGCAAAAACUACCUCUGUUGAGCCUCCGCCCUGCGUCCCGUGCCUGGGCGGGGGCACAGGCGGCCUGGUUCCAGCCGUUGCCCUCGCCGAACAGCAGCCUGGUCCCGGCAGGCGAGACGUCCCCGGUGCGGAAGCACACCUCGGCCUGGAGAAGCUCUGUCAGCAAGGUGGUUAUCGUCACAUGUGCUUACUCUUCACUUAAAAUGAAUAAACACUGUUUGUAAGGAGAAAAAACCAAAUUCUAUUUCACUUAGCUCAUUCCUUUUUCCAAGUCUUCCUGAAGGCAGGUUGCUUGUUACUCUUUCGGGAAAUAGAGACAGGCCUGAAUGCCCGUUCUUCCGACCAGCGCUCAGAGGACAGCGAUGUGCAGAGGAUGGGGGGGAGCCUCUGCUUGUCCUUGUGCUGUGAAACCAUGUGCUGCAUUUCCUGAAGCCCCGCCCAGGCUCAGGCACACCCGUCUGCAACAGCCUAACCAAGCCCGACAAGCAGCUGGCCUGCCUGCUGCUUCCCUGUGGCGUGUUCAGUCUUUGGGACGAGUUGGGUGUGCAGUGGUGUCCUUAUCUGGGGAACUCCCCCCUUGCCGUCCUUUAUUUGAGGCCUUUGGCCAAGAAAAGCAGAAACCUUUAACUUGAUGUCAUUAGGAGAAAGGUUUAAAGCCAGUAUCCCAUCUCGCUGUGUUCCCUUUGCAUUGCUGUUGGAAUGGGCUGGAUGUAUCAUCCAGUCCCACUGGAAGGGCUAACUAGGAGGUGUCUCCUCUGGCUGGUGUGUUAUCUGUGUUCAAAGCAGGUUCCAUAUGGACGUUCUAGCCACCUGCCCUGCUCACUGUCCCCCCAGGUCACCUCCAUAUUGAGAAAUGCAUGACUGUGCCCAAGAGAUGUGGAGCCACGGAUGUGUGUCGUGGUGUCCUCACAGACUCUCCAGCAGCCAAGAAUCUGUAAGAUUCUUGUGGAGAAGGUUUGAGUUGCAUCUUAGGACACGAAUCUGGUGUGUUCAAGAUGCAGUUCAGGCGUGGCCAUGGCGCAGUUCAGACGCUCUCUUGAAAUGGGAUGAGAGCAGGACAUUCUGUUAUCGGAACCUCAUCAUCACUUCUGGUCUCUGCCAUUUGCGAGGUAAAAAUUCCAAAAUACAUUUCAGAGUUAGAAACCUCUGGAAGUCCAGUUCUCUCCUUGCCUUCUUGGUUUCUCUUGGGCUCCCGUUUUGUGGGCCACUUGACCUAACAGUGAAGGCAACACCCCUAGACAGUGCCUUCCCCUUGCUCUGAAAAAAGUCCAAACCCCCGAAAUAAAAGGAGGGAAUUGUAGAUAUGACCCGGUUAGUUUUGCUGCUCAUUUCUUCACAUGGCGUCUUCUGUUUCAUCGUCUCGGAUGCAGUGUCCGGGCGGGGGAGCGUUCCUGUUACAGCGGACUAAGCCGGCUGUGUGCCCAGAGUACCUGAGAACAGCAGGGUUGCUUUCAAGCUUGGGUAUUUGAAUGGAGUUUGUGCUGAUGCUCUGUAUUUCGUAUCAGAUUUCUCUCCCUUUUCAUCUCCAGUGUCAUUGGAUGUGACAUUUUAAUGGAAAGACUUAAAUUACAAAAGCAUAACUUAGCAACAAGAAUGAAAUAGACAGUUGACUGCAGGACAUUUUCCUGGCGUGCUUUGCUGCUGAAGAUUGGACUUUGAGUCCAAGCCCUGUCCGUGACACCCACCUCCUCCACUUACGUGAAUUGAUACUUAGCUUGGCCAAGCUUCAAGGAGGCUCGCUUUGAGCAGGAAAGGAGGCAGCAGUCCUCUGGGGGGUGUCGAUUCUACCCUGCACUGUGGAAGGUGUGGAGAAUGGCCCUCUCCUGAGAGAUGCAGCUGUGCAUUAGGCUGUUGUCAGAACCUUGUCAGCUCUCUGAUGGGAAUGGAUGCUUCUACGUGAACCAUCGUUUUUUAAAAUAGGCUGAUGCUUUAUAUUCUUGAUAAGUUAUUCAGAAGUCCUAAAUGAAAUCCUAUCUUCAGGAACCAAAACUGUUUAUGAAGCGUAGCAAGAAACACGAUGAGGAUUGAUUCUGUUUAUUCCUCUGGAAUUUAAAAGCACCACAAGUCAUUGGUGUCAGAUCACCUGGCAUCUACCGUAUACUGUUCCGUCUUCCUUAUGAACCAAAAACAAGUACUUGGCUUUAAAGAACAGAUUCUUGUGUGUGACGGCAGGGAACAUUUCCCUGAACACAGCUGACUCCCAAAGUUUUGGAAAGGAUUUUUUUUUAAACCUGAUUCAUUGUGAAAUGCAGAGGUUUGGGAUGGAAGUAAAUUUGGGGUCACUUACGGUUGAAAACGAUGAAAGUAACUCACAGCCAUGUGGCAUUAACUCCUCAGAGCUUUGGGUAAUAGAUUUUGCAAAGCAGUUUUGAUUCGAGGGUUCUAUUAUCUCCUUUAAGAGGAGAGGAAGGAUUAUUUCUUUAUUUAAUAGAGUCUCCUCUCAAAUGGAAACGUGUUAAGUGCCUCUAACCAGGUCCCCCCACUCCUGCACUGGUGGGGCUGCCGAGCAUGUUCAGUUCCAAGUUCUGGCCAUGUGCCACUGCAUAUCAUUGAAAUAAACCACUGCCCAGCAGCCUGUUCCAUGAACAAUAAUAAUCAAGUUUCCCAGACUUUAUCCUUAUUAGUAGAAACCAAAUAAUUGGGUGGAAUCCCAGGGAGUUUUUCUCUUGCACAAACAUAUUAGAAUUGAUUACAGAACUGUUCAGAGGAAAAACUUGCCAGUACGAUUUUUUUUCUUUUUUAGGGAAAACAACUAAACAUCAUAAAAUGUAAAAUUAUGGGUUUUGCCAAGAGAGAGACUAGAUCUCUGGUGCCAAGAAACUGGCACACAACAGAACUUACUGUGCACAUUUCUAGUGGGUUUUAAGAAUUUCAGAUUUGAACUUAUGGCCGUCAACCAGUUAAAUAGUGAGGUGGAAAAAUAUGUUUUGAGAGUGGGGAGGGAAAAUAAAAAUAUAGUCAAAAGUGCACUUAACAAAAUCAGCAGAAUUAGCUCUUUUGGAAAAGGAGCUUCAAUUUCAGGAAUCCUCACAUUUCUUUUACCCUCGACGUCGCUGGAUCCAUUGGAGAUGUGAUUUAUUUUGACACUGCUUCAGAUGCCGAACUUCAAGAACAUUCAAGCUGGGGUCAUGUGCCAGAUGACCCGGUCGUGGACAAAGUGAGAAAAGGUGGCCCCUUACACUUACGUUGCCAGGGGAAGACUGGUUCAUUCAAGGAAGAGCAGGCGAUGGUUGGGACUUGGAAAAUUCGAGAACCCGGGAAGGGAGAUGGGUCAGAAGCCAUAUCCCUUGGUCAGCAGAUGACUGCUGAGGUCUGGGCAAACUGAGAACAUCCCAGGACGUUGGAAACUCGUUUCCCCAAGUUUUUGGCAUGGCCACCUCGUGAGGAAUUUUCCAAAGGAACCUCUCAGGAGUUAUAAUUUGUCUAAGAGAAACGUUCAUUACAGCUGUCACUUCUGUUGUUCUAACAAAACUAGAUACCUGAGCUCCCAAGCAGGACACUGUCCUCAGACUGCGGGUUCAAGGUUGUGACCUGGGAAGUUCAUAGGGCAGGGUCAGGAGCUGACCAGGCCUGGGGUCUGAGCACCGGGGAAGGGCUCCUGACCGUGGCCGCCAGGGAGCUCAGACAGCCGUUCCCACCCGGCCUGCUGGCCAGCCCGCCGACCUAGAGUCCGGCAGCUUCCUGACUGCUCGUCCUCCGGGAUGCCUUUUGUCAGGGGCGCUUCCAGAAAGAAGAGUUUCAGGAACAGCGGGAGGCUCCCGCGGGGCACCACUGUCCCCUCUGAGCACCUGUGCACAGUGUCCUCGUGGUCCUCGCCAUCCCCAAGUGCACACCGGUCCUAAUUAGCAUCCAUGAAGCCAUGAACGCAAAGCCCCUGCCCUGGCCUUGCGCCCUGGGUUGGUGAGAGUGCCUUUCCCGGGGCGGGUGGAGACGGCCCGAUGCCGCGAGUCAGCAGCCUUGUGGAAUGUGGACGUGGGCGCACAGCCAGGCGUCCUGGUGCUGCAGUGUGUCUGCAAAACCUCUGCGCGCAGCAGAUUCUGGAGUUAAUAAGCACGAAUGCCUCAAGGACACGGCAUCACCCAGUCAGCACAGUGCUUCCCCCCAGUCCCUCCGCUCUCUGGGCUCUCAGAGCCAGAGGAGGCACACAGAUGCCCAGUGUUCCUAAACCGCGUCGUGCUGUGUGCCUGCACAGCGCACGUGCUCUUGCAGGGCACCGGGUGCCUGAAGGCUGGCAAGAGGCACAUGAAGGCUCCUGAUAGACCCACAUACAGCCACAGCACGAGCGACUCUGGGCACCUGAUCUUUGAUGCUCCAGGGCCUUCACGUGCCCCGUGAAGCCUCCGGGUGCUUGUUGGGGCGUCGCUGAUGAGCCGGUGAUUCCUGAUGUGUCCAGUUAGCAUCUCAGGAUCUCGGAAAGGGUGUCAGGAUAAAAUGUCUGUCUCACCUCUAGAUCCCUGGUGGUCGGAGAGUGCCUGUGCUCUGGGAGCAGGGGUGAGAAGUGGGCAGCUCUCUCUGCAGCUGGAGAGUUAUUUGUGUCAGAUCAACUGGGUGAAGUCUCAACUGUGCACAGCACACAGAGGUACCCGCUCAUAUCAGUCUGAGUCAAGUAUUUUGCCAAUGGAGAUUUAUCAUUAUAAAUGAUGUAAUUACAAACUAUAGAUUUAUAAAAUAUGAUUUUGAGUAAGUCGAGUACAGCUGUCAUACGAAUGAUACCACAAAAAGGAGACAAAGUCUUGGAAGUCUUUGCAACCUGGCCUAAUUUGACAUUGAGGUUUUCCCAUAGGAUUUCCUCACUUCGGUUGUGAUAUUUGUAUUUUUACUCAGGAUGCAGGCGUGGGUCAGGAUAGCAUGAGAAGGCAAAUGUCUCCAAAAGGGCUUGUCUUUUCCUCUGUUACACGCUACGUGUGGGUGGAGUUGAAAGCUCCUGGGUGUAAGUAAGUUUUCAGCUUGCGUCAUUUCACCUGUUGAAAUAAAAUUUCCCAUGAGCCUCACAUUCCCAAAAAAUUGUCUUUGUGAGAAACAGAAAAGUAAGCAAAGCUAAAGAAGGAUCUAUUGAUUUGUAAUGAAAGUCACCGAAAAUAAACUUCCAUGACUCCAGUCUCUUGUACUAUUUUGUGUUCUUUGCUGCUGGUGGGAACAGACUUGGAAUUGUUUUUUUCUCAUUUUACUGAUUGCGGAUGUAACCUUAUACAUCCUUAUCAGUGAGGCUGCAAAUUCUGUUUAGGGUUGGAAUUGGUACAGUGAGAGGGAAAAGAAUGGAUGAGAUUUCCAUGUGCUGAUGAAAGACGACUUUUUGUCACCUAGAAUGUUGUAUUUCCUGCUAUUUGUGUUGAUUCACACACUUAAAUAUACUGAAAGUUUAAAAUCCCUGUGUUCAGUCACUUAAAGCAGCCACUCAUCUUUUUCUCAAAAAGAGUAAUUUCUGCACUGGCAGUGUUAAUUGUACUGGCUGAAAAGCUGCAAACCUUGUAUUCUUAAAAAAAAAAAGCUAAAAGUAGUGCUUUGGAAAAUGUCUUUUAUGUGUGUAUCUCGGACUUACGUUCUUAACACACAAUUCUUAAGUGUAACUUGUAUUUCUGAAAAUGCUUCAGAGUAUUUUAUACUUCCCUUUUGGAAUUUUCCUCUGUUUUUUAGUAUAUCAUGUUGAUUUAAAUCGAAGUUGUAAUAGGACCAAGAGCUGGAGUACAGAGGUUUUCAUUCCACUUUAGAAGAUGCCAUCUGAGCUGCUGACCAGUAUCCAAACUGUUAUGUACCUCAAAAGUGGAAUUUUCUAAAAUAGUCUUAUUUUUGUACCUGUAUAUUCCACUAAUUUGGGAUGUAUACCAUUGAAAAGGAGAUAAAAGUUUGAUUUCUUUGAAUAAAUAAUACUUCCAACGU